GCUCCAAGCACAACGAAUCGAUUCCUGAACGAUUAUUUUUUUUUUUACUUUGAAUAUUUCUUCAACGACAUCUUUCUAUAUAUGUGCAUGUGCUUUUGUAAUAAUUUGAUAUUUAUUUUUCUCUGCCGGCAUCCAGUGCUAUAUGUGGAUUGGACAGUCGCCAGCAGAAGCGACUCUUUGCCCUGCCCUUAGGCCCCUUCAGCCUGUGGAACUUCUUCGUGUGGAGGAACGCCUCUUUGGUGGCAGGGACGGGGAGAAUUAGGCAAGAGAUGUGGGUUCUCUUGGCCUGUGUAGGGGCUUAUCUUGGGCUAAGCUGAGGGACUAAUAGCAAAGCCAACCUCCGCUCCAGCCAGUCUAAGGGCACAGAGAGCCAUCUGUCCAUUCCGUGGAUAACUGACAACAAAGGAAGUAAACAUUGAACACGGACAACAAACUCAGAGGUUAUUCCAUUAGGAGCCAUAAAGGAGAGGAGUGAAUAGUUUGGAUGUAAGGUUUGGAAUGGCAGCAAGGAGUUUGCAAUUAUAGUAUUUACAUAUAAGGUGUGAAAACACAGGGCAUGACUGAGAAGGAAGAAAUGGCCUCAGAUGGGAGCCUGAAUGUCACACUGACACUGAGGCUAUUGAUGCAUGGAAAGGAAGUUGGCAGUAUAAUUGGAAAGGCAGGUUCAUUUUCAAAUAAAACAUCACUCAUUGUGUCACUGCCAUGUAUAAGAUAAAUGGAAUCAGUCAAUGCCCUUUAUUUCCUUUCAGAAAGGGGAAACAGUGAAGAAAAUGAGAGAGGAGAGUGGAGCUCGCAUCAACAUAUCAGAGGGAUCGUCUCCUGAGAGGAUAGUAACCAUCACAGGGCCCACAGAUGGAAUUUUCCGAGCUUUCUCCAUGAUUGCGCAAAAGUUUGAGGAGGAUAUAACGGCGGCAAUGACAAACAGCAACGUGACGAGCAAUCCGCCUGUGACGCUUCGCUUGGUUUUCCCAGGGAGCCAAUGCGGCUCACUGAUUGGAAAAGGAGGAUCUAAGAUCAAAGAGAUCCGAGAGACCACAGGGGCCCAGGUUCAGGUGGCAGGAGACAUGCUGCCGGAUUCUACCGAGAGGGCUGUCACAAUCUCGGGUACUCCACAGGCCAUCACUCAGUGUGUCCGACACAUCUGCUCCAUCAUGCUGGAGUCUCCUCCAAAAGGAGCAACUAUUCCCUACCGUCCAAAAGCCAUAUCUGCAGGAGCCCAUGCAGUAUUAGCACAACAGCACUCUGCACAAGCAUUCGCACUUCCAGGACAAUAUGCUUUUGCUCAUCAAGAUUUGACCAAGCUUCACCAGUUGGCUAUGCAGCAUAUUCCCCUCCCUUCCCUUGGGCAGAGCAACCCUACCUUCCCUGGUACGUACCCACGGCUCCGGGGAAGACCAUCGAUCCCCUCUGUUGUUACUCCUCUUCCAAUCACGACAUCAAACCACCCUGUCACAUUAGACGGUAUCAGGGAUGUCUUCAUUCCCCUCAAAGGAUUGGAUGCAUCUGCCCCCACAAGUUCACAGGAGCUGGCCAUACCUAAUGAUUUUAUUGGCUGCAUAAUUGGAAGACAAGGCAGCAAGAUCAAUGAAAUCCGUCAGGUCUCGGGAGCUCACAUCAAAAUUGCCAGUGCCACUGAUGGCUCAGCUAUGCGCCAAGUCACAAUCACAGGCUCACCGGCAAGCAUUAGCGUGGCCCAGUACCUCAUCAGCGCCAGCUUAGAGAUGGCUAAAUACACCAUGCAGGCUGCUUCCGCCGCGACCUCAGUUGACCUCAACAUGAGCUACGCUCAGUCCGCUUCCAACGCCGCCAAUGCUGCCGCUACCUCUCUAGCUGUUCUGACGGCCGCCAGCCCAGCCUCCACCAACAUUAAUGUCCACUCUCCCUCCACCUUACAGGCCCUCCAAAAUUCCCACUAUGCUGUCCCUAUUUCCAGCCUGCUUGGCAUGAAAACACUUCCCGUUCUGGCUGUUCACCCAGCAGCCGCUAGCAGCCUAACACAAGGUUUAUCUCCUUACACUGCAAAAAUAUCCAAUUCGAGCGUCAAAAAGUCCGAGCGGCAGAAGUUUGCUCCGUAUUGAUUGCUAUUUUCGUCGAUAGGUCUCUCCGAUUGGAUCAUUGUUUAUUGUAAAUGUGUCCAUCGCUGGCACAAGUAUGCACUGAUUACCAGUGUAGCACUAGCUUUCCAUUAAUCAGGAGAGCGUAUUUAUCAUAGGUGGCAGAGGUGCGUGUUAACUCAUGAUCAAUUCUAUAUAUGCAAUGUGCAAACUCAGGCUUGCUUUGAACCCAGGAAAAAGCGUACUUUUCUUACGACUGUGUGUCACAGAGCUUUAUAUUAAGACUUACUCCAGGAGAUUUGUUUCUUAAUAUGCAAUGUUUACUUUCUGUGUAUCUUCUUAGCGCUCUUUUUGAUAGCAAUUCAAUUUAUGUAGGUAAAUGGUUUGUUAUGUACAAUAGAGGUGGUUGUUUUUAGUAUAAUUAACAAGGAUUGCUUCAUUUCUCUGUCAUACUUCCCCAUGUUCCUUCACUUUAGGCUCUCAUCAGGGCUAACAGGCUUGGGGGUUCUGUAGUAGCGUGGCACUGUUGCAGUUCUGAUGGGAUUAUUCUAAAGCCACACUGGAUUCUAGUGGAUUUCACUCUGCACAGUAAUCCUUUAGAGCAGGACUGGUCCAGACAACUCAUGUAUUGUUUCUUUUCCCAAUCUGUAUCACAACCGAUUAAUCAUGUACGUCAGAAGCUGACUGUUAUUAUGAUACAUUUUUUUUCAUGUUUUCUCGGUGAUGGUCCUAGCAAAGCAGUUUUGUAAUGCUUGAUGUUUAUGAUAUGGAUUUGGAAUAAAUGAAAAUGACUUUUUAUUAAGAAAAA